GAUUUUUUACAAAAAUUAACGUGACAAUCGACCAAACCUCCAAUAUAGAUGAUGGUUGUAUGUUAUUGGUUGGUUAUACUGCGAAACGACACAUCACGUGCACGAGUACUUAUCUUCCCCCAAAAAAGCAAAACCCUCAUCUCUCCAAAGACGCAAAAACACUGAACAUUAAACCCACAAAGAAAAAAAAAAUGGCGGACGAAGAGACCAGCGAGAGCCGCAACCAGGCGAGGCUAAAGAUACUUGAGCUGGCCAACAUGAUCAGCGUCCCAAUGUCGUUAAACGCCGUCGUUCGCCUCAACGUUCCUGAUGCUAUCUGGCAAGGAGGUUCCAAUUCUCCCCUCACCGCUUCUCAGAUUCUGACACGUGUCCUCCCCUCCCGCGACGGCGCCGACGCCGAGAAUCUCCAACGCCUCCUCCGGAUGCUCUCCAGCUACGGCGUCUUCGAAGAACACCUCAACGGUUCAGAGAGAAAGUACUCUCUCACCGACGUCGGUAGAACUCUCGCCACAGACGCCGAUGGCUUAUCCUACGGGCCGUACGUUCUUCAACACCACCAGGACGCGCUGGUGAGCGCGUGGCCUCUUGUGCACGAGGCGGUAGUGGAUCCAACGACGGAGCCGUUUGUGAAGGCGAACGGAGAACCGGCUUAUGAUUAUUACGGGAAGAAGCCAGAGAUGAAUGGGUUGAUGCAGAAGGCUAUGUCGGGCGUAUCUGUGCCGUUCAUGAAGGCGAUAUUGGAGGGCUACGAUGGGUUUAAAGGGGUCCAGAAAUUGGUUGACGUGGGUGGUAGUGCGGGGGAUUGUCUGCGGAUGAUCCAGCGUAAGCAUCCCAAUGUACGCGAAGGAAUCAACUUUGAUCUGCCUGAGGUGGUCGCUAAAGCGCCACCUAUUUCUGGGAUUAUUCACGUUGGCGGUGACAUGUUCAAGUCGAUUCCUGAGGCAGAUGCAAUUUUCAUGAAGUGGGUUUUAACAACAUGGACGGAUGAUGAAUGCAAAUUAAUCAUGGAGAAUUGUUUCAAGGCACUCCCAGAAGGAGGUAAGUUGAUAGCUUGUGAACCGGUAUUGCCAAAUGAAACCGAUGACAGUCACCGAACUCGGGCUCUCCUAGAAGGAGACAUCUUCGUCAUGACAAUCUAUAGGGCCAAAGGAAAGCACAGGACAGAAGAUGAGUUCCGAAAGCUCGGCCUCGCUGCCGGUUUCCCUAAUUUCCGAGCUUUCUAUAUUGAUUAUUUCUACACUGUCUUAGAGUUUCAGAAGUAGUAGUAGAGAAGUAAUGAAUGAUAACUUAUUUAGAAAUAAUGGUAGAGGGAAUAAAAUGUAACUUUCUCUAGAAAUUCAUAACAAAAUUAAAAAGAUUGUGAUUUUUGUUACAUUUGAA